AACCAUAAAACUUAUAUUUCAUUACCAAUGGCAGUGAAAUUUGACUUCUCCCUCUACUAUAUUCUAUCAAUAAAGUAUUCUUUGUUUUGUGAAUUUACUUAGUCUAGAUUCGUUAACACCAGAAUAAAUGGUCGCGCUUUUCAAGAACUUUGGUAUCGGAGAAGGCAGUACUGGAAAAGUCGACGGUGAAUUCAAAAAGUCACUUCCAAAAAGAGGAAAAUACUCUGUUGCGCCAGGAUAUUCUCAACUAGAUUGGGCCAGGAAAAUAUCAAGUGGAGAAAAUUUAUCUGGGGUGAAUAGACCGAUGAAAGUGUCUAAAGAUGAGCUUAAAAAGCACUGUACCGAGGAGGAUUGCUGGAUGUCAAUUAAAGGAAAAGUUUACAAUGUAACACCUUACCUAAAUUAUCAUCCUGCUGGUGUUAAAAAGAUUAUAAAUAAUUCUGGCAUAGAUGCCACUCAAGUAUUUAUGAUGAAUCAUGCUUGGGUAAACGAGGAAGCAAUACUUAGAAAUUGCUUUAUAGGUUAUUUGACUUGAAUGAUGUUCCCUUCUUCAGUAGUUAUUCUACUCUGCAUGUGAAUGGAUCGUUGCUUUAGUACCUCUUCAGUCUCGGAAUUUUUUUUUUUUUUUUUCAUUCUUUAUUUUUUUUCCCUUAGAUUUGUGUGUGUGUGUGUGUGUGUGUGUUUUUUUUUUUUUUUUUAUUGUUCUUUAUGCAUUCUUCCUUAGAUUUUUACCGAUUUUCUGUUUGUCAUAAUCACCUCUAGCUUUAAAUAUGAUUCAGAAUACCGAAUGAAUUAUGUCUAAAUA